UGGUCUUCUAGUUGAUACAGAACCUUGUUACACUAUAGCUAACGAAGCAAUUCUCAGCAAAUAUGGGCGCAAGUUUACAGUGCAGUUAAAAGGAGGUAAGCUGCACAACAUUUCUCCAAACUGUUUCUUAAUCAAAGCAAAUAUAAUCAUUCAAAUUUCCUCAAUGGCGCGCUCAAUUAGGUUCACUUUACUAAUUAUUACUGUAGGGUUAACGGAUCAAAUUGCGCCUGAAGAAUACGCUCUUCAUUAUGACAUCAUGCUUGCUGAAAUGUUCAAAAAAUGCCCCAGUUUACCGGGAGCUGAGCGGCUAGUUCGACAUCUCGCUAAUAAAGGUAUACCAAUGGCAAUCUGCUCAGGAUCAUGUAGCCGUAGCUUUGAGUGGAAAGCAGAGAAUCACAGAGAUUGGGUUGAUCUAAUUCCUAUUCACGAUGCGCCUAAUGGCGUGAAAGCUGCAUUAGCCGCAGGAAUGCAUUGUGUCAUGGUGCCGGACAAGAUGUUCCGCGAAGAAGCUAAAACAUUGAAGUAAGU